UUUUACUGAAAAAAUUUUCUCAAUUAAUUAAAAAAAAUGAAUUUUUUUGAAAGCUAGAGCUUAAUUCAUUUUAAAAUUUAAAAUACAAAUAAUAAUAAAUAACAGCAUUACCGCAUAUAUAUCCAAAUUAAGGCUUAAUAUAUAUGCUAAAAGAAGCAAAAUCAAGCAGCAAAUAUUUUGGGGAAAAAAAUUUAGUUUUGUUUUUUUGUUUUGUUCUGGCAUCUAAAUCUAACAAGGCUAUUUAUCACAAAAUAAAUUAAAUAAAUAAAUAAAUGCGAUUUAUAUAAUUAAUAAUUGGCAAUAAUUUAAUAAGUUUUGAAUAUAUAUACAUAAGUAUAUAUAUAGAAAAAAUAAAAAAUAUUCAUAAAAAAAUUGAAAUUGAAAAAUUUAAUUAAAAAAAAAUUUAUUUUUGUUUUCAUUUUUGCUAGUAAUUUUAUAAAAUUAAGCAAAAAUUAGUUAAAAAAAAUUUAAAAAUUAAAAAAAAAAAUAUCAAAAAAAAAUAAAUUAAAUAAAUUAUAAAAAUGCAGCCCCCACCGCGUAAGGGAAAUUAUUUAAAAUUUUUAAAAAGUUUGCAUGCUGAACAAAUAACAAAAUUACAAUUAAAAAAUCAACAUGAAUGUGAUUUAUUGGAAGAUAUACGACAAUUUACAAUUAAACGUUCAGCAAUUGAAAAACAAUAUAGCGAAUCAUUGCUUAAAAUAUCAUCAGCAUAUUUAAAUAAAAAAAUUCCAAAUAUACCGGAUAUUAAAAUGGAAGGACAAGUUGAAGAAAGAUGGAAUAUGUGGAGUGUAUGGCAAACGGUUUUAGAAGAAAAUGAAAAAUUAGCUCGAGCUCGUUUAGCUGCUAUUGAAGUAUUUCAACAACAAAUUGCUGAUGAAGCAAAAGUUCUGCGUGAAUAUAAAUUGCAAAUAGCAAAAAAAUGUUUAAGUCAAAUAGCAAAUAUACAAAAAGAAUUACAUUUUAGUGUUGCCGAUGUUGAUAGAACUAAAAAACAAUAUUUUGAUGAAGAGCAUUGUGCACAUGAUGUCCGAGAUAAAGCACGUGAUAUUGAAGAGAAAUUGAAAAAAAAGAAAGGUUCAUUCUUUCAAUCAAUAACAUCAUUACAAAAAAAUAGUGCUCGUGUUACAUCACGUAAAGAAAUGUUGGAAGAGAAAUCAACUGGUGCUCGUAAUGAUUACAUAUUAACAUUAGCAGCAGCAAAUGCCCAUCAAAAUCGUUAUUUUACUGUUGAUUUACAAACAACAAUGACUACAAUGGAAAAUUAUGUUUAUGAACGUGUUGCCGAAUAUUUAACAUUAAUGGGACGUACAGAAUUAUUAACAUGUUCGGCAACACAAAAUUCAUUUGGUAAAAUAAGAGAUCAAGCCCAACAAUUAACUAGAGAAUAUAAUUUACAGUGUUGCUAUCUUUUUUAUCCUGUAUUAAAACAACAUAUACAAUAUGAUUUUGAACCAUGUGACAAUGAUCCAAUAAGUAAAAUUACUGCCGAACAUGAAUCAGCUGCAGAAACAUUAGCAAAAGAAGCGAAAAAUUUAGCUGCUAAAGUUGUUCAAGCAAACAAUACAAUUAGGGAAAGUGCUAAAAAAUUAGCCGUUUGUUCAUCGUUACGUGAUGCUGGUCAACGUUCAGAUCCAAAUGAUCCAAAUGGACCAGAUUUAAGUACUAAAAUUGAAGAUUUUAAAGAAUCAAUUCGUAGAUUUGAAACAGAAAAAUGUAAAGCUGAAGCAUGUUUGGAAUGUUUACGUGCCGGUGGAAUUAAUGUUGAUGAAUGGGUUAAAGAAGCAGAAUCAUUAGAAGCACAAGAAUUGACAAGAUCAGCUAGUUCAUUAUCAAUGAGAACAGAUGCAUCUGAAAAGGUAGAACAAGGUGCCAGUUCAGAUUCAUUUUAUGAUAGCGAUAAAGAUGAAGAUGUUACAAGACAAGAUUCAUUUAAGAAACAAACUAUUGCUGAAUCUUCUGCUCCACCUAGAGCAAGAACUCCUGAUUCUGAUUCUGAUAUUGAACCAGAUACACCAGCUCCAGUUAUAGAAAGCUUUGCUACUAAUUGGGAUGCAGAUCCCACUGAAGUGAAUUGGGGUGCAUCAGAAACAACAGAAGCAGCUGAACCCGAAAUAGCACAACCAGUAUCAGCGACGCCAGUUCCUGAAAGCUCACAGAAAGAUGUUAUAUAUAAAUGUCUUGCACUGUACAGUUAUACCGCACAAAACCCGGACGAACUCACUAUAGUCGAAAAUGAACAACUUGAAGUUAUUGGUGAAGGUGACGGUGACGGUUGGUUACGUGCAAGAAAUUAUAAAGGUGAAGAAGGUUACGUACCACAUAAUUAUUUGGACAUAGAUCAAGAUACCGCUGCUGCAGUAAAUAAUUCUAGCCAACUACAAACACAAAUAUCAUUUUCAUCAGUCGAUUAUACAGUUGAUAAUGAAGAUCAAACUCAAGAUUCUGGUCAAUCACCAGAUCAAGUAUCAGUUAUAAUGGCACCUGGUGCUGAACAGGCAGCUGCAAUGAUUAAUCAACAGAUCCAACAACAGCAACAACAAAUUGAAAAACAACAAUAUGAACAACAACAUCAAGAAAAUUAUCAGAAACGUGAAAGACCUAAACCUGGUGAACAAGAAUAUUGUAUUGCUAUGUAUGAUUACGAUGCAACAGCUGAAGAUGAAUUGACAUUUGAAGAGGGACAAAUUAUUAAAAUUAUAACAAAGAGUGCACAUGGUGUUGAUGACGGAUGGUGGGAAGGUGAAUUAAAUGGUCAAGUUGGAAAUUUCCCAUCACUUGUUGUUGAAGAAUGUGAUGAAAAUGGUGAACCAUUUACAUAUGGAGAAGAUGAUGAAGAAGAAGAAGAUGAAACACCACCUGGUUCAGCAAUGCCUAGUUUUUCAUUUCCUGCAGCACCAGAAUUACCACCGGAAUAUGCACAAAAUGAUGAUUUAUUCCAAUCAACUGAUGAAAUGGAUGAUUCAGCUAUGGUUAUUGAUGAUUAUCCUACACGACCUCCACCGAUGGGCGCCCCACCACCACCACCCCCGGUUAUUAUCGAGGAAGAACCUGAGGAAAAUUCAAACAUACCCGGGGUCAGAGUUACAAAUUCAAAUGGCGGUGAUCCAAGUGGAAAUUAUAAUUUAGGUGCAGUACAAAUAAAUGUAACUGCAGCAACACCAAUGAUUGAAGAUAAAGGUUUUAUACCAAAAGAUGAACAAAAAUCAAUUAAAGAUGAUAAAAAUUCAUCAAAUAAUAAUGAAAGAAUAAAUAAUAAUGAAGCUGAUGAACAUUUAUUAGAUGAUGAUAUGAGAGAUGAUUCAGAAUUUGAUAGUGAAAAUGAACAACAACAUGAUAAUGUUAAACCAAUACAAGAAACUGAAGAACCAUUUGGUCCAAAAAUAACAGAUAAACAACAACAACAAAAUAAUAAUGAUAAUCAAUUUGAAACAAAUUUUGAAGCAAAUUUUGAAGCUAAUUUUGAUGAUGCAUUUAAUGCUGCCAAUGAACAAAAAACUAGUGAUGAUGAUGAUGAUAAUAGUCAUAAUCAAUCACCACAAAAUGUUGUUGAUACACCAAAACAAGUUGUUGGUGGUAGAGCAUCAAUACCAGAAGAAUUAGAACCCCAUCAAUUAGCACGUUUACAAAAUUUAAAAGAAUCGAAUGCUUAAUUUUAUACUAUUAAAAUUUAAUAUUUAAAUAUUUAAAUUAAAAAUCCAUAUGUAUAUAUAUAUACAUAUAUAUAUAACAU